AUGCGCUUCAUCGUACCUUUUGUCGCCGCUGGCCUUGCCAGCGCAGGUCUGCUAGAGACUGUUAUCAAGAGAGAUGACUACUGGGGUGGCAGUGUCUCGCUCGGUCCAUCCAAGUCCACCAUCAUCAACGCCGUCACGACACUCAUCCCUGGGCCUGCUCCACCAACUCAGAAUGGCGUGCUAUUCCUCUGGCCGGGUAUGUCCAAUGGAACCGGGGACCUGGUUCAGACCACCCUCGAAAGCUGGUCCAGCAACGCGUGGUGCGGAGCAACCACUGGCCAGUGGUGUGUGCGUGCCAGUGUCUUCGGCAGCUUUGGCCAGCUCGAUGGCACCGGAUCACCCGUAAGCGGAACCGAUGAGGUGCGAAUUGAGUACAAUCUUGAGUCCGAUGGACAGACUUGGACGCAAUAUGGCACUGGAACUGAGUGCGACAACAGCUGCUCGGGAACUAUCGCUGCGCAAAAGUAUUUGAACACUGUGAUCACUCUCGCCGAGGCUGAUGCCACAUUUGGCUCGACGAUUUCUAGCGCCGGUGGUGCUACUUAUACCGAAGUUAUGUCCAGUCAAGGUGGAAAGGCGUGGACUAUCAAGGAGAUUGACAUCCCCUCAAUGCACUGA